CCCACUACGGCGUGCGUGAGGUCAAGGGUCAGAGGACGAGGAGGCGGAAGUGGCUCGUCGUCUGAGGCGACUGCGGCGGAGUUGGGCUUUCUGCAUCCCGUUUCUCUCCACAGCUCGGGCCCCGCAGGCCCGGGAGCCCUCCCAGGGCGGGCCCUAUGAGUGUGUCCCUGGUCGUCCUUCGCUUGGAGCUGGCCGAGACUUCGCCCGUGCCGGGCGGCUUCCCCUUCAGCGCGGCUGGUGGGUGGAGAGGAGGAGGAGGAGGAAAGAGGGCCACUGAGAUGUCUGAUGAGAAAAUCCAGGAGAAAUCGCUAGUGGCAGCCACAGCCUGCUUAGAAGGAAAGGCGCCUGUGGAGAGAGCAGCGAUCAUUCACCAGCACAUUGGCCGCAGGGAGAUGACAGAUAUGAUCAUUGAGACUAUUAAUCCCAAUACAGACGAGGUGAGAGCGGCAAUGGAAGAUGGUAAAGCUUCCGAGGCUUCUUCCCCCGAGGACCGAAGUAAGCAAGAUGGCCAAAACGGGGGUGUUGGAACGGCACCAGAUUCUCCCUCGAAGCAGCUUCCAGACCAGAUUUCUUUUUUCAGUGGCAAUCCAUCUGUUGAAAUAGUUCAUGGCAUCAUGCACCUCUACAAGACAAACAAGAUGACCUCCUUAAAAGAAGAUGUAAGGCGCAGCGCCAUGCUGUGUAUCCUCACGGUCCCUGCCACGAUGACUAGCCAUGAUCUCAUGAAGUUUGUAGCUCCUUUUUAUGAAGUCAUUGAACACAUGAAAAUCAUCCGAGACUCCACCCCCAACCAAUACAUGGUGCUGAUCAAAUUUAGUACACAGGCUGAUGCAGACAGCUUCUACAUGGCUUGCAAUGGCCGCCAGUUUAACUCCAUCGAAGAGGAUGUUUGCCAGUUGGUCUACGUAGAGAGGGCGGAAGUCUUCAAGUCGGAAGAUGGAGCCAGCCUUCCUGUCAUGGACCUGAUUGAGCUUCCCAAGUGCACCGUCUGCCUGGAGAGAAUGGAUGAGUCGGUCAACGGGAUUCUCACCACCCUUUGCAACCACAGCUUCCACAGCCAAUGCCUGCAGCGGUGGGAAGACACCACGUGUCCUGUGUGCAGAUAUUGUCAGACGCCAGAGCCAGUGGAAGAGAAUAAGUGCUUUGAGUGCGGAGUCCAGGAAAACCUUUGGAUAUGCCUGAUCUGUGGGCACAUCGGAUGUGGACGCUACGUGAGCCGCCACGCGUACAAGCACUUUGAGGAGACUCAACACACUUACGCCAUGCAGCUGACCAACCACAGAGUCUGGGACUAUGCCGGAGACAAUUACGUCCACCGGCUGGUGGCCAGUAAGACUGAUGGGAAGCUGGUCCAGUACGAGUGUGAGGGGGACAUCUGCCAGGAGGAGAAGAUCGAUGCCUUACAGCUGGAGUACUCGUAUUUGCUAACAAGUCAGCUGGAAUCCCAACGGAUCUACUGGGAGAACAAGAUAGUCCGGAUAGAAAAGGAUACUGCUGAAGAGAUUAACAACAUGAAGACUAAAUUUAAAGAAACCAUUGAGAAAUGCGACUCGCUCGAGCACAGACUGAAUGACUUGCUGAAGGAGAAGCAGUCCGUCGAAAGGAAGUACACUCAGCUGAGCACCAAGGUGUCCAAGCUCACCACCGAGCUGAAGGAGGAGCAGGAGAUGAACAAAUGUUUGCGAGCCAACCAGAUCUUGCUUCAGAACAAACUGAAGGACGAGGAGAAAUUGCUGAAGGAGACGUGUGAGCAGAAAGACCUGCAGAUCACAGAAGUCCAAGAGCAGCUCCGGGAUGUCAUGUUCUACCUGGAGACGCAGCAGAAAAUCAACCACCUCCCUGCCGACACCAGGCAGGAGAUCCAAGAGGGACAGAUCAAUAUUGCCAUGGCGGCAUCGGCUGGUUCGUCAGCAGGGGGCUCGGGGAAGCCCUCCUCCCGGAAGAGUAGAAGCAAAAGGGGCAAGUGAGAAACGAGGUGGUGGUGACCAACCUUUCCAAAAGUGGCCACAGCGGGGUGGCCAGGGGCAGAAUGAGUCUUGCCUGUCAGGCGAAACGGGCACGAGAGUCUGGCAAGGGAUCAGCUACCAGUUUCCAAAGCCUUUCCUUUCCC